AUGGCAGGAGACGGAUUGAAGCCUGGUUUUCCCGGUGGAGCAGUGGCGGAAACGCCGUACGCGGCAGCAAAAACGUCUGUGUGGUGGGAUAUAGAAAAUUGUCAGGUGCCCAGGGGAUGUGAUGCCCAUGGAAUCGCUCAGAAUAUAAACAAGGCAUUAAUGAAUAUGAACUAUCAUGGACCAGUCACCAUUUCCGCCUAUGGAGACAGCAAUGGCAUUCCCUCCUUCAUUCAACGUGCCCUCUCUAAUACUGGAAUCGCUCUCAAUCACGUCCCCGCCGGGGUUAAGGAUGCUAGUGAUAAGAAGAUUUUAGUGGAUAUGCUAUUUUGGGCAGUGGACAAUCCUGCACCUGCCAAUUAUAUGCUCAUUUCAGGAAGCGCGGAUUUCUCUUAUGCCAUUCAUCAGUUACGGAUGAGGAGAUAUAACAUUCUUCUAGCACAACCUUUUAAUAAUGCUUCUCCCGCUCUUGCUGCUGCUGCAACGAAUGUGUGGCAAUGGACAACCCUUGCUGCUGGAAAAUCUCAACGAGAACUUGCUUUUCGUAAUACCAACACAUUACGUCAAUAUUAUAUACCGAUUCCAAUUUCUAAACCUACAUCAGCAAACCAACCUGCUUAUUCCAAUGCCAAUGCUAAUACUUCCAAAGCCCAAAGUUUAUAUAAUCCUGGACGUUAUUUUGAUACUCCUAAAACUAUUUACGUACCUAAGAACUCGAAUCAACUGACUACGACCAGCAUGUCAGGUACGCCAGCUAUAGUUGAAGAAGCUAGUAGCAGCAAUUACCCACGCGCACCAGAUGUUGCACCAGUGCUGUUUGCACCACAUCUUUUUUUCACGAAGUCUGAUAGAUCAGAGAAGCACAACAGUAAAAUUGAAGAAAUAAGUAGCAGCUGUUGCCCACACUCACCAACGGUUGAACCACAUCUUUUGUUUGCGAAGUCUGAUAGUUCAAAUUUUGGUGCUGAUUUUUGGUGGUUGGUGCUGCUGUUUGUGCAGCAGUUUGGUGACGUUUUUGGAGCUCUCAAAAAAGUGAUAGCGGGAGCAGUUCAAAUUCAGCCUCUGCAAGUGUCAAGAGCGAUAGCCGGAGACGGAUUGAUGCCGGGUUUUUCCCGCGAAACAGCGGCAGAAUCGCCGUAUGCGGCAGCAAAAACGUCGGUGUGGUGGGAUAUAGAAAAUUGUCAGGUGCCCAGGGGAUGUGACGCCCAUGGAAUCGCUCAGAAUAUAAACGCGGCAUUGAUGAAGAUGAACUAUCAUGGACCAGUCACCAUUUCCGCCUAUGGUGACACCAAUAUCAUUCCCUCGUCCAUUCAAGGAGCCCUCUCUACUACUGGAAUCAGCCUCAAUCACGUCCCAGCCGUGACUAAGGAUGCUAGUGAUAAGAAAAUUUUGGUGGAUAUGAUAUUUUGGGCAGUGGACAAUCCUGCACCUGCCAAUUAUUUGCUCAUUUCAGGAGAUGGGGAUUUCUCCAAUGCCAUUCAUCAGUUGCGGAUGAGGAAAUAUAAUAUUCUUCUAGCACAACCUGUUUAUGCUUCUCCUGCUCUUGCUGUGGCUGCCACAAAUGUGUGGCAAUGGACAAGCCUUGCUGCUGGAGGAUCUCCACGAGGACUUCCUUUUCGUACCAAUACAUUACCUCAAAAUUAUAUACCAACUCCAAUUUCUAAACCUAUAUCAGCGAACCAACCUGAUUAUUCCAAUACCAAUACCAAUGCUAAUGCUUCCAGGGCCCAAAGUUUAUCUAAUCCUGGAUGCUAUUUUGAUACAAAAACUAAAGCUAUUUAUGUACCUAAGAACUCCAAUCAACUGACUAUGACCGGCAUGUCAAGUAGACCAGCUAUAGUUGAAGAAACUAGUAGCAGCUAUUGCCCACGCGCACCAGUGCAGUUUGUACCACAUCUCUUUUUCACAAAGUGUGAUAGUUCAGAGAACCACAACAGUAAAUUCAUAGAAAAUAAGCCUGCUCAGCGUACUCAACUCCAACCUUUUCUCAUUCCAGACAACUUUGUGAAAUUGAACUCUUGCCAGGACAAUUUGCGACCUCCUCUUCAACGACCUGAAGGUAGGGGUGAUUUAUGUGGUUCUAUGAACAAGGGUGAUAUACGUCCUGAGUUUUCCUUCCUUCCACCCUCAUCGGGUGUUUCUAAAUCUGUCUGUGGUAAUUUAGAUUUGGAUCUCCAGCUGCCUGAACACAUUCAAAGUUUUAUAAGGGUCAUAUUUAAUUCGUUGAACACUUUGAGGUUCGAGAAGAUUUUGCCUACCAAAGAAAACCUUGGUUAUUGUAUACGUUAUAGUAACCCUGAAUAUCGUCAUACUGAUGUUACAGUAGCCUUAAAUACUGCACUAGAGCAACAGAUGAUAUUAAAGUUAGGACUAGUUAAUUUUGAGCUAUAUGUUGGUAGGACUGCAAGGAUUUGGAAAUGUGUGAAUCCACGUGGUGGCAAUCCUAACCAUUAUAAGGAUGCAACUUGGAAUGCGAUUGAGGAAUUUCUUUGUUCAACUGUUGGACAUUCAGCGAUAGCAGCAUCUGAAUGCAGGUAUGAAGCCGCUUUGAUUCUUAGAAAUGCAUGCCUCAAAAGCCUCACAUUGGCUGAAGUACUUCAAAUCCUGAAUAUGAUUAUCACUCUGAAGGGUUGGAUCAAAACUCACUCUGAGUGGCAACCAAUUACUAUCACUCUUCCAACAACUAAUAAUCAUGAUAAGGAUACCAGAACAGCAUUAUGUGGUGUUGUGAUGUAUUACUACUUGAAGAUUAAGGAUGUUCGAGCUGAGCUUAAGAUGGAGAAGAAGUCAUCCGAUCUAACUGAGAGGAUUUUGAAUUGUGAGAAUCCAAUUGAUGGCAAGCCUAACAAGUAUCAGGAUGCAACUUGGAAUGUUAUUGAGAAAUUCCUUUGUUCAACUGUUGGAAGUUCAGCAAUAGCAGCAUCUGAAUGCAGGUAUGAAGUCGCUUUGAUUCUUAGAAACGCAUGCCUUAAAGACCUUACAUUUGGUGUAUCCUUUAUUCGUCUUGUUUUUUUAUUAAAAAAAGAUGGAAAACGCGCAGUAACAAAAAGUGAAAGUGGGAGCAGUUCAAAUCAGGCUGUGCAAGUGCCAAGUGCGAUGGCCGGAGACGGAUUGAAGCCGGGUUUUCCCGGUGGAGCAGUGGCGGGACCUCAAUACACGGCAACAAAAACGUCGGUGUGGUGGGAUAUAGAAAAUUGUCAGGUACCCAGGUGA